GCAAAGAAGUCCAUUUGGCCAAUCAAAGUUGCUGAUGUCAAACCUUUCCCUUCCGCACACUGACGGCGCUGGUGUUGGGCAGGCAGCAGCGGCCGAAGUAUUCCAACACUGAGAAUUAUAUUAACGCCCUCGUUUAAAAUAACCCAGGCAUGGCUUCCCGAGCAGGACCGCGGGCGACGGGCACAGAUGGGAGCGACUUUCAGCACAGAGAGCGUGUUGCCUCACACUACCAGAUGAGUGUUGCCCUCAAAUCCGAAAUCCGUAAACUCAACAUUGUCCACCUGCUCAUCUGGGGACUGAUGGCAGCUCAGGUGAUUGUGAACCAGCUGAGUCUGGUGUCCCACAAGACUAUUGCCUCACCAUACCAGUGGGAGUACCCGUACCUCCUCAGCAUCAUCCCCACAGUCUUCUGCUUCCUGGCUUUGCCUCGUAACAACAUCAGCUACCUGGUCAUCUCCAUGAUCAGCGCUGGGCUUUUCUCCGUGGCGCCGCUCAUCUAUGGGAGCAUGGAGAUGUUUCCGUUCGCUCAGCAGCUGUACCGGCACGGCAAAGCCUACCGCUUCAUCCUCGGCUUCUCUGCCGUGUCGGUCAUGUAUCUUGUCAUCGUCAUUGCCGUGCAAGUGCACGGCUGGCAGAUAUACUACAGCAAGAAGCUGCUGGACCAGUGGUUCACGAGCACACAGGAGAAGAAGAAGAAAUAAGAUCCUGUUGAAGAUCGUCUUUUCUUUUCGACUGUGUGUAACAUGAACUGCAGGGGAGGGACAGAACUGACGCGGCCAUGAACUGCGAGGUGAAACUCUCGUGACUAUUGGUGUCAAACAUCUUUUUCCUGCCUUAAUUCACGGCCAUCAAUGUGUACUGUACAUGCUGACAUUUCUUCAUCAAGCAUCAAACUGCUAAGAAUGUUUCCCUCUUCAUAUUUGAGCUAGAAAGAUUAAUAAACGAUGGGUUGUCAAA